UCACACAUGACAGGCUCACGAAGUCUCUGCUGUUUUGACUCGAAUAUAUAUAUAACUUGUGUGCCGAUAAUAGCUUAGAGUGGACGCAGUCGGUGAUCGUAGUACCGUGCGUCUGAGUUAUAUUUAUUUUGUAAUAUAUAACGUUAUAUAUCAGAGGUUUUUUAUUAUUAUCUGGGGUUAGUGUCCUUCACUUUUUCUCGCGAUGCGACUCACCUUGCGGGCGUUUAUUUCCCAUGGCCGGGUGGCCCGUAAAAUGGGUCUCGGACCAGAGUCCAGAAUUAACAUUCUUCGGAAUAUUCUCACAGGUCUGGUCAGACAUGAGAGAAUAGAAACAACUAAAGCCCGAGCCGAUGAGGUUCGCUUCUACGCUGAAAAAUUGAUUGAUUAUGCCAAAAAGGGGGAUACUAAUGAAAAGUCGAUGAAAAUGGCUGAUUUCUGGCUCACGGAAAAAGAUCUGAUCCCAAAACUUUUUAAAGUUCUUGCGCCAAGAUUCGAAAACCAGACGAGCUACACAUGCAUGGCCCGCAUUCCCAACAGAGAGAAUCUGGAUCGAGCUCAUAUGUCUGUACUGGAGUAUAAGGGCAACCCUUUUCCUCCCCUGUACCCCGUCAAACGUGUCAGUGAACUCAACAUAUUAAACCAACUUCUGAAAGGAUACAGAGAAGAAAAGGAUCAAAUGCUCCUUAAGAAAAAGGAAUUAUAAUCUUUAUGCGCUGUAUUUGUAUUAUAUUUCUGUAAUAAACCAGUACCUAUCAUCAAAAUAAUUAAAUUCAGUUAUGUUCAAAAAAUGUGUUUAUGGUUCUUCAAGUCCAACUUUCCUGUCCCCAGGUUUAUUUUUAAGUGUUGCCUCACUAACAACUAUAGCUGCAUGUCAUUGCUACAGCAUCUGGAUGAAAAAAGCAUUUGUCUCCAUUGAUAGCCAUUUAAAAUAUCAGUAUUUUAAACAAAUGCAUUUGUAUGCAUGCAGCCUUGAAACUCUAUCAUUCUGUUAUAUUGUAAAUAUUUAACCAUGCUUCAUGUCUGAGUCGGAGAUCCAAAGAAUUAUAAAUGAAAGGCAUAGGACUGUAUUUAUUCUGGAGGUGUUAUGCAUAUAUUUUAUAUGUCAGAUUUGUACAGCAGCUGAUGUAAACCACAGAGAUGAGAUUCCUCAGUUUUUUUAUCCAAAAACAAAACAGACAAAUGAGCCGUUAUAGUAAAACAAAGCAUUUUAAUUUGGCAAAAGGAGUAUGUACUGCCAAGUCAUUUGACACUUUAAAAUGCAUUCCAUUCAGUAUGAACAGUGCAACAGAAAUGUGCUUAACUUGAUCUCUCUGUGCUCCCCAAUGUGCUGUGCUAAUAUCAUAUAUUCAAAAUGUGUGCUCUCUCUCCCUUUGCUUUGUGUGCACACUCAUUCAAGAGAUGAAAAACCAUGCCUUUUAAAGGAAACUGUUUUUUGGUGGCUUCCAGUCAGCUCAAGUUCAGCAUGUAAAAAUGCAAUGGUUUAAAAUAAAUCCACUGAUUCAAGUUGGGUUCCCCUAAAAACAUGUUUGAAAUGUGCCGUUAUGUGCAUAACAGAAAUAUAUUUAAAACAGGUUCAUUUCAGAUGUAUUGUCUAAUGCAUAACAUUUGCCAAAAAAAUCUGGAAAAAAAUACAACAGUGGGGAGGGGAUUUUAACAGAUAAAACAUUUUAUCUGUUCAGUACAUUAUUAAAGGUGGCAAUAAUUUACUGUAUUGCAAUAUGGUUGCAUUUACAAGGGACACCAAUGGUAACCAAAUACUUGUAUAAACAGUAAAGUGCUCCAUGCAGUUAAUACAAAGUGUGUCGAAAGGGUAAUUAUAUUUCAUGGGAAACUAAAGUACACAAACAUUACGACAACCCUUGUAGACUGAUUGACAGCUGUGGGUCAACAUUUGUGUAAUAAAGUUGUAAAUUGAAUUCUGUCAUAACACUCAUACAGAGAUUAGUCUAGUACACAAUUAAUAAAACAUUUUGAAGUCUAAAAAUACAAUGUUAGAGGGUGAAGAUGUAUUUUCUGAAUUCCAUGAUAAAAUAAUACACUGUGGCCUUAUGGGACAAGAAUUUCAGUAGAAGCAUUUUGUCAAUUGUGUUUGCCUUUUCUCAUGUCAAAUACUGAAUAAAAUGCUGUUUUUAUCACAA